CGCGUUUUAUUUCUAGUUGUAAUAGAAGCGUUCGGGCUCCACGCUGCGGCCCCGGAAGUGUUUGUAAAUCGGUUAAAAGCCAGUUGACGGAGGCGAGCUAGCGUUAGCUGUCCGCCGGGUUCGCUCAUUGUGCGGGGAUGGAGGUGACACGAAGGAACUACAAAGACUGUUUGACCACGGUGUACAGCGCCAUAGAGGAGGCGGACUUCCUCGCCAUCGAUGGGGAGUUUUCAGGGAUAAGCGACGGGCCCAAUGCCAGUGCACUAACCAACGGGCUGGACACGCCGGAGGAGCGCUACACCAAGCUUAAAAAGCAUUCCAUGGACUUUCUGCUGUUCCAGUUUGGAUUGUGUACAUUCAAGUACAACCAGUCCAAGUCAAAGUACAUCACAAAAACCUUUAAUUUUUAUAUAUUCCCUAAACCAUUCAACAGAACCUCCCCUGACAUAAAGUUCAUCUGCCAAAGUUCCAGUAUUGAUUUUCUGGCCAGUCAGGGAUUUGACUUCAACAAGGUUUUCUGUCAUGGCAUCCCAUACUUAAAUCACAAAGAGGAAGCCCGUCUGAGGGAGCAGACGGAGGAAAGAAGGAAUCAGCAUGCUAAUGGUGUAGGAACUCCAUCUUACAUCUCGCCGUCGUCCUCCAAAGGCCCUGCACACGUACCUGAGGAACACAAAGACUUCAUCAACAGGGUGGUAGAGAAGGUUGAAGCUCUUUCCACUAACUCAGAGAAGACCGUGGUCUUGGAGCCAUGCACUGGGUUUCAGAGAAAGCUGAUAUACCAGACACUGAACUGGAAAUUUCCAAAGGGAUUUCAUGUGGAAACCAUUGAAACAGAAAAGAAAGAGCGAGUCAUUCAGAUCAGCAAAGUGGAUGAAGAGGAGAGAAAAAGGAGGGAACAACAGAAACUAGAGAAGGAACAGGAGGAGCUAAACGACGCUGUUGGCUUCUCUAGAGUCGUUCAUGCUAUCUCCAAAUCUGGUAAACUUGUGGUUGGGCACAACAUGCUGCUGGAUGUGAUGCACACCAUUCAUCAGUUCUACUGCCCUCUGCCAGAGGAUCUUCAAGACUUUAAAGAGGUUACUAUGUGUGUCUUUCCGAGGCUCCUGGACACAAAGUUAAUGGCUUCCACUCAGCCUUUCAAGGAGGUAAUUACUUGCACCUCUUUGGCCGAACUGGAGAAACAGCUAAAGGAGAGCCCUUUUAAGCCACCAUUAGUUGAAACUGCAGAGGGUUUCCCCAGUUAUGACACGGCCCAAGAGCAACUCCAUGAGGCCGGGUAUGAUGCCUACAUCACUGGCCUGUGUUUCAUCUCCAUGGCCAACUACCUGGGUACUUUCUUGACUCCACCCAAAGGUUACAUCUCGGCUCGCUCCAAACUCAUUGAGCCUUUCUUUAACAAACUGUUUCUGAUGAGGAUCAUAGACAUUCCCUACCUCAACCUCACAGGACCAGAUUUGCAACCCAAAAGAGACCACGUCCUGUAUGUCACCUUCCCAAAAGAAUGGAAGACCAGUGACCUCUACCAGCUCUUUAGUGCCUUUGGUAACAUCCAGGUGUCCUGGAUAGAUGACACAUCAGCAUUCGUGUCUCUAAGUCAAACAGACCAGGUACAAAUAGCUAUGAACACCAGCCGCUAUGCAGAGAGCUAUAGGAUACAGACGUAUGCAGAGUACAUCCAAGGAAAGCAACAAGAGAAGGAGAAGCUUGGCCAGAUGCCCAAAUCCUGGGGAGAGGACAGCUGGGUGAAACCUCACUACAUCUCCUCCACUACUAGUGGUUUUGGAUACCCCAGGCAUUUAAGGAAACGCAGCAUCAGCCCCGUUCCGGGGGAACCAGGGAGUGGAGAUGCAGUAAUUACAGAUGGCUGGAGCCACUACUCGUACCCUGAUAGCACAGGCAGCAAGAAGAUGAAAACUGAUGAUGCUAGUGCACAGUCAAAUGCUGAAGCAGUGGAGAGUAAGACAUCGGAGGGCUGGUUAAGGACAAGAGACUCGUCUGAUUCAGGGGGUUCAAGUCCAGCCCCUGAUGAUCCAGAGGUGAAUCCAGCAGGUUCAGAUGAAGGCAUCGAUGCUGAUGGGACGGUUACCUGGCAACAAGCCUCAACAGUCCAGGGAAGGAAAGGUCGAAAGAAGAAAAAGAAGUCUGAAGGAGCAGCAUCUACAAAAUCCUUGUUUGAGGUCCCUGAGGUCUGGUAGCGAAGCAGGGAGGCCACUGUUUCACACGGAGCUCCUGCUCGGUGUCUUUAGCACUUGGGACACUCCAGAUGGUGCAUACCCUAAAUCUGUUCCCUCACUCAACAGCUGUGGACACAACGUCCAGUGCUACUAGCCAAUCUACCUGCCUGGACUAUUGAAAGCGAACACAAGCCAUAAGCUCAUGCUACUAGAGUAGCACUCUACUGGGUAAACACACAUACACCACUAAUGAAAUUCUUUUAGAAGAAAUCUACUUAUUGUGUUCCGACUGGAAUCUACCACCCCAGCAAUGCUGUCACUUUGAAAUCAUUUUUAUUGUCCCCUCUAAUUAGUCUUAUCUUUUUGAGUGUGAGUUUGUGCAUGUGAGGGAGAUAGUUUUUCUCCUUGUAUCUGUGAAUCCAUUUCAUUAAAUACCACUUGACAGGUCCCAAAGUUGAAAAUGUCAGGGUAAUUAGUAUUUUAAUGCAGUAAAACCUUCUCCCCAUUUUUAAGAAUUAUGUUCUGUCAGUUCAACCAGUUUUAUUACACACGAGCUUAUCAAUAAUGAGAUCUUUAUUAUUGGUAGCAUUUUGACCCUUUCAUUAGAGGUGCUUGUUUAUUUUUCCUUUGCCUUUUUGUGUCAAAUGUUUUGUAACUGUGCCAACCUGUAACAAUAUGAAACUGUCCAAAUGCAAAAAGUGUAAACGUUACAAAGUCAAAUACAUUUUGUAAAAAGUCUAAAAAUCCUUAAAUAUUUCCCUGGAAAGGGGAAAAAUUAAAGAAUGUUUCUUAGUA